AUGCCUCGGUCUUCGUCUUGGCGCCAAAGGCGGUACCUCAGGCGCUUGUUGAUGCUUGCUAUGCUGUCUUCGAGGGUUGACAUGGCAUUGGUCUUAGUUGCGCGACUCCUGUCACUGUGUAAACGGCCCCCACGUGUGAGGUGUGACCCGGGGGCGAGGCUUGAUCUGCGUCGCAUUGACCCUGGGGCAUUCUACCGCUUGUUCCGCGUCAAUACUGUGGACGAUAUGCUUCGGUUGGCGGAUGCACUUCGCAUCCCAGACACGGCCCGUGGCGUGGAGGCGCUGGCACUGUUACUCUACAGACUGGCAUACCCUUGUCGGCUCGUGGAGAUUCAGAUUGCGCUUGUGGCAUGGAGUGAAGCAAAGAUCUCAAGUGUUAUCAACUGCGUCCUGGAUGACCUCUUCGCGCGAUACAAGAACAAGAUUGCGUUUGAUGAAACUAUGCUGUCCAAGGAGCGGUGCAAGCUGUAUGCUGACACCUUGGAACGAAAGGGCUGCCCAGCACCUCCCCACUUCUUCGGUUUCAUUGACGGGACCGUGAAGUCUGUUUGUCGUCCUGUUAUCUUUGAGGAUAUCCUCUAUACAGGUUACAAACGGACGCACGCCAUCAAGUUCCAGGGGGUCAUGACCCCCUGUGGACUGAUGGCGAGUUUCUUUGGACCGUUCCCAGGGACUCACCACGACGCCAGGAUGUACCAUGAGUCCCGCGUGGAGGGACACAUCAACAGACUUGAUGUCCCCGAUGGCUAUAUGCUUUAUGGGGACGGUGCGUAUCCCUGGGGCCCCAGGCUUCGACGGCCUUUCCGACAGCCGCCCACAGGAAGUGCAAAGCGACGGCACAACUACUUGAUGUCAAAGUUUCGGCAAAGUGUGGAAUGGGGCUUUGGCAAGCUCUUCACAAUCUUUGCGUUCCUUGACUUCGGCAAGAACCUCAAGGUGCUGUGGCAACCUGUCGGUAAACUAUGCCUUGUCGCGUGUUUACUCUGCAAUUGUCACACCUGUUUGUACGGGUGUGAGACGUCUGACUUCACGGGUCUGGAUCCCCCUGAGCUUGAAGAGUAUGUGUGA